CUGCGUCACACAAUUCCUCACCAGUCGCUGGCCAAAGCCCGUCUGUCUUCUGCGUCGAGGGCGGAAAGAGUCACAACCCUCGGCAGCCAUGUUCGCGACUCUCGUCAGACGCAUGGCCCAGUCGGCAAAGGAGCCGCUGGCGAAGCAGGUCCCGCUGAACGCCGCAGCGAACCCGUACAAGGCGCGAAAGGUCUGGCCGCCAAACUUCAAGGAGCUCAACCACCAGCAGCAGCUCCGGUUCGAGAAGAAGUACAAGCGGCGCAUCCUGCUCGCGGGCAAGUCGCCGAGGUGGGAUAAGGGAGUCAAGUUUGCGCAGCUUGCGACCAUUGCAGCCGCCUUGGUUUGGCUGCUCUUCUAUUCCGAGUUCGAAUGGUGGGGGAAGCAGUACAAGCCCUCCGAAGAGAUGCGUCGGCAUGCGGCCAACGUCUUUGGAGUCCUUGACCCCGACAAGCGAUACGAGCGUCGCAAGGAUGCGCCCGACGUCAACCCGACCCCAAAAGCACCGGAAUCCGAGUCUAAAUAAGCUGUACGAUGAGACACACACACACACAUAUGUACCAUAUCUCUGGC